AGUUAUCGUUAUGAAUAUCAAUAGUCGAAGAGUACAAAUUUUAUUAAAAGAACACAAUCAGUGGACAAUAAAGACAAAUAAUAAGAACGCGAUUUUACAAAGUGACCUCAACAAGCAGUCCGCACAACCCGUAGGCUAUACAAAAAGCAUGAAGAAAGCAAGAAGAAACAGAAGAAGUAUGUAAAAGGGGGAGGAAAAGAAAGCCACCAAUGCCUCGGCCUGGGAGUCCCAGUCUCCCAAUCAUUUGGCUGGGUCAAUCAACCACAAACCCAGCCAUCAUGGUACAAACGAGUGGGAACCAUGACGUACGCUACGUUUCGAGAGUCAAGUGCAAGCAAUCGGUUGUGGAUUGCCUGUGAGUGGGGAAGGGGGAAGGGAAGGACGGAAGGAAGAUGGAAGGGUAGACGGAAGGGAAGGAAGGUGGGGGAAGAGGAAAGGGAAGAGGAAAGGGAAGGGG